AUGUCGCUCAGAGAUCGAUUUCUCAAUCUCAGCAUGCACGAUCGCGCCCAAACCGUGAACCUGCCGCUGAUCACGACGCCACCAGAAGAUAAUGAUAUGGCGUUAAGUGAACUCAAAGGCGACCCGAAGCCAUCGCUACGAACGAAUGACAACUGCGCUUCAGACGCUGAACAUGUCACCCCACAGCACGAUGCCUCGCUGUAUCGCAUUUAUCGCUACACCCCAGUACCGACCAUCGUCGCUGACGCAAACCUGUCCAUAGUGGAAGUGUCCGACAGCCACCUCGCCCUCUCGGGCCAAACUAGGGAUACAUUGCUCAAUACUUCCAUAUGUGAUAUCGCCCCUUCCAUAGUCCCUGUGCCAGAUACUGCAUCCUUAUAUGGCGCGAUACGAGCGGCGAUCUCAACGAAGCAAAUUCAGUUGAUCGAUGAUAUUCAUCUAAGCGAUAAAAAGUCGUACUUUCGACUUCAGGUUACCCCAAUUUUUCAGGACCGUGCUUUGAUAUAUAUAGUUUUCGAGGCGCAUAAGGACACCAGGGAUCGCUCAGAUAGCCAGGAUCAUCACCAUGCAUAUGUGAAUGAAACGUACAAAAUCCUGGUGGAUACCGUCAAAGACUAUGCCAUCUUCAUGCUGGACACCCGUGGCAACAUCACAACUUGGAAUCCAGGCGCUGCUAUCAUGAAGGGCUACUCCGCUUCCGAGAUCAUCGGCAAGCACUUCUCAGUGUUCUAUAGUCCCGAAGAUCGGCGCAACAAUAAGCCAGGGAGGGGCCUGGCGGUAUGUUUGCGUGAUGGAAGGAUGGAAGAUGAAGGGUGGCGCUACCGUCAAGAUGGCUCUCGAUUCUGGGCCAAUGUUAUGAUCACCCCUGUUUACGAGUUCGGCCGUCAUGUCGGAUUCGUGAAAGUGACGCGUGAUUUGACCGAACGGAAGGCGGCUGAGGGGCGUCUCAUCGCAGCUUUCGAGGAAUCAUCAAGACUCAAGACCGACUUUUUGGCUAACAUGAGUCAUGAGAUUCGUACACCCAUGAACGGCAUGCGCCUCGCAUUGUCAAUGCUGACAGACACCGAGCUCGAUAACAACCAGCGUGAAUAUGCAUCUAUCCUCGAGGAUUCUACUUCAGUAUUGCUCCAGAUCAUCAACGACAUCCUUGAUUACUCGAAGCUAUCUUCUGGGUCAUUCUCCCUAACAUCCGAUAUUGUGGAGGUUGAAAGCGUCGUGGGCGCGGUUGUGCGAAACUGCAAAUCUUGUCUAAAACCAGGUGUCACCCUCAGUUGUUCCAUGCCGCCGAAUUUUCCUCAAACCAUGCGUGGAGAUCCACUACGAUAUCGCCAAGUACUCCAGAAUCUUAUUGGCAAUGCGGUGAAAUUCACGGAGAAGGGGCAUGUCAAAAUAUCCACUUCAUUCGCUAUAGACACUGAGGAUCCAAGAAUGUACAAUGUCUCGACUGAGGUAGUCGAUUCGGGCGUUGGUGUACCUGGAAGUGCUAUCAACACCAUGUUCACGCCAUUCACACGGUUUGCGGAUACUACGAGACGGAAAUACCAAGGCACCGGGCUCGGUCUUUCCAUCUGCAAAAGCCUAGCAGAGCUCAUGAAUGGGAGUGUAGGCUAUCGACCAAAUCCGGACGGGCCCGGUAGUGUAUUCUGGUUCACAGCUAAAAUGGGGCGGACGGAUACGCGAGUUUCAAUGAGGCGUUCCAGCAUGCUUCCUACUGACAGCUCAGAAAAUCUUAUCAAAAAGCUGAGAGAGGUCGCGCCCCGCAAACACAUCUUGCUCGUGGAGGAUAAUUUGGUGAAUCACAUGGUAAUGCUUAAGCUCUUGCAGAGUUUCGGGUUCGAGCGGAUCGAUGCUGCCUGGGAUGGGGCAGAGGCCGUUAGGCUAGUGAAACAAACGCCACUAUCUUAUAAUGUAGUGCUUAUGGAUAUCAGCAUGCCAGUGCUAGAUGGCCUCGAGGCGACAUCUCAGAUCCGGAGCAUGAACAUUGAUGUGCCUAUCAUUGCGCUCACUGGAAACGCUUUGAAAGGCGACGCUGAAACCUAUCUCGCCAAAGGUAUGAACGACUAUCUGGGAAAGCCUGUGCAUCGCAAUCACCUCCUGCAGGUGCUUUGGAAAUGGCUAGGCACAUGA